UCUGCUGUCGGCUGCGCGGGGAUUCGGACCCUUCCCUCCUCACAGCUUUCCUUUCCAUGCUUGUUUGGCUCCAGAAGUGAACAGCACAUCGAAGGGCAUCUUCCACUGAGGGGAACCCAUAGCGAGGACUUCCAAACGGUUCACCUUAAGGUUGACAGCGCGAGGCGCCACUCCAGCGGAAUGGGGCCGGUCGGAGGGCACGAGGAGCCCGUCACUGCUUCCUCUCCUCGGGACACGGAGGAGGGACGGGCCCGACGCAAGGAGCGCAAGGAGCUCAAGGAGGGCAAGGAGGGCUCCCGCAGCCGCAUCCCGCGCCUGGUGCCCCGGCCUCAGAGCCCCGGGCAGCCGGACUCGCAGAGCCCUUCCUCCGAGGAAGAGGAGGCGAGGGAUCGCGCGCUCAGCUCGGAGUCGGAGCGCUCCAGGAGAGCCGUGAGCAGCGCCAGCGUGUGUUCAGAUGACACUGGUUGCCCCAGCAGUCAGACGACCUCCCCUUCCAAGACCCCUUCGGGCUCAGAGGGCAGUUCUCUGGGGUCCCCCUCACCCAACAAGCGUAAGGGGAAGGCGAAAAGGGUCCGGGUUAACACGAUGGCGGAGCGGAACGCACCCUCAGGAAGGCUGCAGAAAGAGCCGAGGUCCUUUUCAGAUCCGAGAGGCAGCGAAGCAGCAGACCUCAGUUCCUCCAGUAGUCCUGGCAGCCUCCGAGGAUCCUUGACCACCAGCUCCAAUGGGAGAAAAGUCUCCUACUCACGCAGCCGGGGUUCCCACAACCAAGGCAAGGGUGGUCUCUUGGUGCACAAGACUCCAUUGGGCGCCAGUUUGGCAAGAGACACAGAGCGAGUCUCCCCUCAGUUCAGGACCUCCCCUCAUGGCCGCUCCUCAAAUAGUAGCAGCAGCAACAGUAGCCCAACCACCAGGAGGUCAAACAUGGCCCGGUUCUCCUGCAGUGACAACUAUGGAGUGAAGGCACCGAACCCGGAGCAGUAUCUAACCCCCUUGCAGCAGAAGGAGGUUACCAUCAGACACUUGAAAACAAAGCUGAAGGACUCUGAGAGCAGAGUUCAAGAAAGGGAGCUGGAGAUCGAGGAGCUGAAGGCACAGCUGGAGCGAAUGCGGGAGGACUGGAUCGAGGAAGAAUGCCACCGGGUCGAGGCCCAGCUGGCCCUGAAGGAGGCACGCAAAGAGAUCAAGCAACUGCGCGAGGUAGUGGAGACCAUGAAGAAUAGCCUGACGGAGAAGGAUAAGGGUAUCCAGAAGUACUUCACGGACAUCAACAUCCAAAACAGGAAGUUGGAGUCUCUACUGCACAGCAUGGAGCUGGCCCAGAGUGACUGCCUUCAGGAUGAGUCCACCUUGGAUUUCGUGUGCAACUCCCCCACCAGAUCCCUGGCCAAGCUGGAGGGUGGACUGGCACUGGAAGAUCAGGCAGCUGAGGAAAUGGCAGAUAGCGGCCUGCUGAUUAAUGAUGAGAUGGCCAACCAGACGGACAUUUUUGAGAAAGUCCUAAUGUCCACUGCCAUCAUUUCUGCCAAGAACUUGAGGCCAGGGUCAGAAAAGCCCAUCCCGUUUCAGGAUGAACGCAAGAAAACUCUGCAGCCUUGCGUUGGUGCGCCCCUGGGUCCGCGUCAGGGUAACAUGGGUGAGAAGGCUGUCCAGACAGAUUCCACCAGCACCUACGAUGUGGAAGAUCUCUUCUGCCACCUCCUGAAAAUGCAUGCUGAAGGAUUGCUCCCAGAUUCUGUCUUUAAGGGAAUGAACACCACCCAGCUGCUACACCUGACUGCCAGCGAUCCCGUUACUGCUGUCCCGCCGACUCCCGAGAAAUCGAUGGAUUCUGGUUUGUGCUCGGAGCCAGCCGAUGCCCCGUGCUCCGAGGGGGAGCCGGACAGCACGGUCACGCCUGAGAUUGGCUCACGAGACGAGCGCAACCCCGACUUGAUCUGCAGCAUCCCGGUGGGGCUUUUGGCCAAGCAGGAGUCCGGCCUGGUGUUGGAAGAGCAAACACCGGGUUUGAUGGCAGGGGAGCAAGGCAAGCCGCAGCCUCUACGUCUGGUGAAUAAGCACUACUGGAGCAGAAGCUUCCUGGUGGAUCUGGUUGCUUUGGCUGCCCCAGCCCUACCCACAGUGGCCUGGCUGUACGCCACGCACCAGAGAAAGGGGGCACCCGUGUACAACAUCGGCACUCUGAUCCGAGGCUGCUGCAUCGUGGGCCUGCACACCCUUCGCCACAUCUCCUUGGGGCCGAACACGUAAUGGCUCCGCGCGCUUGCACAAACGCAAAGUGAUGAGCUCUUCAUCAGCGAUGUUUUGGUGUUUUUAUUCCCCGCCGUCCAUUCUCUCCAUACCAUCCUACCGCUACAUAAUUUGCACUGCGCACAGUUAGGCGAGAUGAAACCCAAACUAUUCCUUGUGACUUGCACUCUGGUAGGAAAGAUCAUAAGGUCUGGAUUUAUUUUAGUGCGGUUUGUGUGUUAACGAAGAAAUCGAUAAAUAUUGUGUUGUUGGCUAUUUCCACAUUUAUAAGCCAAAGCUUGAUGUGACUAGUUUUUAUUUUUGCUUGUCGGGGCUUGUUCGUAUGUUUCUAUGGAAGAGUUAACGUACGCGUGACGCCUAUCGUAUCUGACGUAUGUGCAGUACUGUUUAAAUGUCUUCACCCAUUAAAGCAUGAUUCUCAGCACUUGUGUUAAACAGAUGUAUCAGUCUAAGUAGGGUCCACUGCCAAUCUCAGCUGCUGCAGCCCACCUGUUGUAGGAUCCCACCCAUUUACAGGACUGUCAACUCAGUCAUGCAGGCUUGACUUCAACCUUCCAUUUAUUACAAUAUUAAAAAUGGUCCUAAACUAUCAGAAUAAUCCGUUUUUUUAAAUAAACUAAUCAAACUGUGGGAAUGGUUUUUGAAAUGUGCUGAGGUGACAUGAAUAUUCAUGUGGCCUAAUACUGGGCCAAAUAAACCUGGCAAUAAAAGUAAAUGGGUCAGGGUAAAAAAGCAGGACACACACCAGCUCUGUGCAGGGAGGGUGUCGCUCAGACAACUGCACCUCAGUGCUCUUGUGACACUGGAAUUUGUUCAGCUGAGAGCCUUUGUCGCAGAUGUGAGGAGGCUACGUUGUUCAAAGAGUAAAAUGAACACCGCAGUGGCACUUAAAGCACCGCUUCUUAACGUGGGGUCUCCGAGGUAUCCGUAAAGUGCAGCUUUGCUUUGAAAACACCAGCUGAACGAAAGUUAAAAAUUUUACACUGCUUUUACUAUGUAAUAAAUGUUUGCGAAGGUGAUCAAAUUUGAGUGCAGUAU